AUGUAUCUCGAGACACAAAAUAAUCAGGCCUCUGUGUUUACAGGAGGGUUUGGUAACAUCAGCUCUGUGUAUACAGGAGGGUUUGAUAACAUCAGCUCUGUGUAUACAGGAGGGUUUGGUAACAUCAGCUCUGUGUAUACAGGAGGGUUUGGUAACAUCAGCUCUGUGUAUACAGGAGGGUUUGGUAACAUCAGCUAUGUGUAUACAGGAGGGUUUGAUAACAUCAGCUCUGUGUAUACAGGAGGGUUUGGUAACAUCAGCUCUGUGUAUACAGGAGGGUUUGGUAACAUAAUCUCUGUGUAUACAGGAGGGUUUGAUAACAACAUCUCUGUGUAUACAGGAGGGUUUGGUAACAUCAGCUCUCUGUAUACAGGAGGGUUUGGUAACAUCAGCUCUGUGUAUACAGGAGGGUUUGGUAACAUCAGCUCUGUGUAUACAGGAGGGUUUGGUAACAUCAGCUCUGUGUAUACAGGAGAGUUUGGUAACAUCAGCUCUGUGUAUACAGGAGGGUUUGAUAACAACAUCUCUGUGUAUACAGGAGGGUUUGGUAACAUCAGCUCUCUGUAUACAGGAGGGUUUGGUAACAUCAGCUCUGUGUAUACAGGAGGGUUUGGUAACAUCAGCUCUGUGUAUACAGGAGGGUUUGGUAACAUCAGCUCUGUGUAUACAGGAGAGUUUGGUAACAUCAGCUCUGUGUAUACAGGAGGGUUUGGUAACAUCAGCUCUGUGUAUACAGGAGGGUUUGGUAACAUCAGCUCUGUGUAUACAGGAGGGUUUGGUAACAUCAGCUAUGUGUAUACAGGAGGGUUUGGUAACAUCAGCUAUGUGUAUACAGGAGGGUUUGGUAACAUCAGCUCUGUGUAUACAGGAGGGUUUGGUAACAUCAGCUCUGUGUAUACAGGAGGGUUUGGUAACAUCAGCUCUGUGUAUACAGGAGGGUUUGGUAACAUCAGCUCUGUGUAUACAGGAGGGUUUGGUAACAUCAGCUCUGUGUAUACAGGAGGGUUUGGUAACAUCAGCUCUGUGUAUACAGGAGGGUUUGGUAACAUCAGCUCUGUGUAUACAGGAGGGUCUGGUAACAUCAGCUCUGUGUAUACAGGAGGGUUUGGUAACAUCAGCUCUGUGUAUACAGGAGGGUCUGGUAACAUCAGCUCUGUGUAUACAGGAGGGUUUGGUAACAUCAGCUCUGUGUAUACAGGAGGGUUUGGUAACAUCAGCUCUGUGUAUACAGGAGGGUUUGGUAACAUCAGCUCUGUGUAUACAGGAGGGUUUGGUAACAUCAGCUCUGUGUUUUACUUUGGACCCAGAUGUUUGAUGAAAGACUCAAGUUUAUGAGAGUAUCACGUCUUGAUGACUUCUGGUGAGAACUUUUAAUUGUGUUUUAUCAAUCUUUAUUUUAUUUAUGGAUUGGACAUGUGCAUGAGAAAUGUUUGUGUUAGGUGUGUCAUAUUACGAGUGGCAUGAACAGUCAGAUCUAACCAGAAAUGAAACAAAAAGAGGAUAGUGUACAAACAUGAAACUUUAGUUGUAGACAGAAGUUAGUAGUCCUACUUGGAAAACAUACAGCACAAUAAAUACCAUCCUUUAAAUAAUACUGUAUGUCCCACUGUUUUUACCUGGCACUGCAGUUCUUUCCAUGGUUUAUUUUUAUUUUUAGCAUAGACUGUCAAAUUGUCUAGUAUUAAUAGAUUCAACAUUUACCAAUGGCUAGUUAGAUGUUAUGUGCUAUUAUCAUAGAUGAUGAUUACUAUUAUUCCUUGUGUUAUUAUUUGUAUAUUUAUUCCUUGUGUUAUUAAUAUUAUUAUUAUUAUUUUCUUCCA